AUGAAUGAGCUCUUAUUCGAGGCCUAUCAAGUGAACUCGGUGAACUAUGGUCUGGAUGCACUUUUCUCAGCAUAUUCAAACAACAUUCGCAACGAUGGACUGAUAGUAUCGGCUGGCCGUUCAUCAACUCUAGUGGUGCCGCUGGCAAUGGGUCAUGGUGUACUUGAUAAUGCGAAGCGACUGACAUGGGGCGGCGCCCAGGCGGUGGAUUUCCUACAAAAACUUUUGCAGCUCAAAUAUCCUAACUGCCCUCAAAAGAUUACUACCUACGAAGUGCAGUGUAUGCUGGAAGAACUCUGCUAUACGUCGUCUGACUACGACGCCGAGAUUCGGCACUUUCAGGUCCCUGAGAACCUGGCCAAAGCGGAUCGAGUCGUGCAGCUCCCCUUUACCGCUCCCGAGCGAAAAGAGAAAACUCAGGAGGAGAUUGAGUUGGCGGAGGAACGCAAGCGCGCAGCAAGUCGGCGACUACAAGAGCAGACACGCCUCAUGAGGCAAGAGAGGGCGCAGCAAAAUGAAAAUGACCUAAAAUAUUAUACCCUUCUGCGAGAGUGGAAAGACAAGGAAUCGCAGGAAAACUAUUUGGCACGUCUGGAAAGCGAAGGUUUCGACACUGAACAGGAAUUCGAACGCGUUUACAAGCGCCUUGACACGUCGGUCCGCAAGAACCGGGCCGAGGAGCUUGGUGAGGAGUUCCACGAGGAAAAGAAAGAGCCUGAAUUCCCUCUAGCUGAUGUGCCCGACGCGGAUCUCGAUGAGGAAGGGCUGAAGGAAAAACGCCGUCAACUCCUGAUGAAAGCCGGUUACGAAGCGCGUUUGCGCACUCGCGCUGAAAAAGAAGAAAAAAAGCGUUUGGAAGAAGAGCGUGAUGCCAAAGAGCGUAAAGAACAACGCGAAAAUCCAGAAGCGUGGCUAAAGAAGAUACAUGCGCAAUACAACGAGAUCUUGGCCCGAAUUCAUAAGCGGAAGCGGUUGCGGGACAUGUUGCCGAACCGGAAGAGUGCUGCUGCUCAACAGCGCAUGAAAAGUAUCACAGCUUUGGCAAGUGAAAAUGAUGCAAGCAGCACGGGAUCACAGCGUCGGCGCAAACGGGGCGAAGACGAGGACACAUUUGGCGCAGACGAUAGCGACUGGGCCGUGUACCGUACGAUCAAUGAUGCCACCAAUGAAGAAGAAGAAGCAAAAGAUCAUGAGCAGCUGGAGGAGUUGGAGCAGAAAUUGUUGGAAUUUGACGAUAAAUUUACUGAGGAGGAUACAUACGCGGCUAUGCUGAGUCGCAAAUCCCGUCUUACCAAUACGUUCUUGCGUGGUUUUGAACCUAAAUGGGAUCCUGAAGAUGCAAUCCAGUUCCAUCAGCUGCAUCUCAAUGUCGAACGCAUCCGUGUGCCUGAAGUCAGUUGGCAGCCUAUCAUUGCGGGUGUUGACCAGGCGGGUGUCGGUGAGCUAUGCCGCCAUGUACUUCGAUCUUUUGACGAGACUGUCCGGGGUCGUAUGAUCCAAAAUGUACUUGUGACAGGUCGCUACUCACAACUUCCGGGCUUUGAUGUGCGCCUACAGUCGACCUUGCGUUCGGUGCUGCCGCCCCAUGCUCCCCUAUCGGUGCGCCGCGCACGUAACCCACGUUUCGAUGCAUGGCUGGGCAUGCGGCAAUGGGUCUUUGAGCAAAACGAGGUAUUCCGUGCCACUUCUAUCAGUCGAGCCGACUACGAUGAGAAAGGCCCAGGCUGGUUCCAGGAACACGGCAUGUCUGCCUGUGUCAAUAGGUAA